AUGAGCUUCACGAGCGCUCUUCUCGCAGUGAAUACCUUUUGGCAGUUUUUUGUUGAAAAACCGGUUCUCGACGCCUCUGCCGCGCGCAUUCUUCUUAGUCGUCGUUGUUGUUGCACGUUCUCCUUAAAAUCGUUUUUCGACUUUUCAUGAAGAGGAAUUUCAGCUUAAUGGAAUUGAGUCCGCCGCCGCCUUUUGAAGGCGUGGCGGAUGAUAUUCACGGCGGCAAUCAUGAGUUCGGAGCGAAUUCUCUCGAUGAAGGCGAAGUCGAACCCAGCUUUGACAACGAGCUGCCGAAAGAAAAGGUAUCUGGUUUAGUGUAGAUAUACCAUGUCUUGAUUUUUAGGAGGAGGUGAUAGAAAUUAUCGUUCAAAAAGAGGAUAUUAGUUUUGAAACAAUGAAUGGAAUGGUGCAAGAAAAGGCAGAGCCUUUGAGUGAAGAUGAAGACUCAUCGCGAUCUCAGGUUUAGGCUGUUUUCGAUAAAAACCGCGCUAGAAUCGACUGAAAUUUGAUUUUGCUUCUUAUUACAGAAGUGCACACAAGAAGAGAAUCAUUUGGACGACUCCAAAACGGCUGAAUCGCAUGUAACUGCAGUCAAGACUUUGCUACGUUCAGAAAUUACGUUUAUAGGCAAAUUUGGCUGAAGAAGACGACGACUGGGGCGACUUCGAUUCGGCACCGCAUGAACCAGUUUCGGAAGAUUGGGGAGUCUUUGAAGAAAGCAGCGAGAAGGCAAAUGGUUAGAAUUACAUCAAAAUUCGAUAGUUUUUUUAAAUUUUUGUUUCAAACUUCAUUUGUAAGUAUAGUCGAUGUGCCACGACUUGAAAUUUCAUGGAACGACACUCCGUUGGGUGGCCGUGGCCGUGAAAGCGCCUUGCCUUUGCGAAUUUCGGUCGCGCUUUCCAUUUUUUUUAUUCGAAAUUUUCAUUAUUUUAAUUAUGUUUUUAAUAGUUUUCUUUGCGCCAAAAAUCAUAAUUAUCUUUUUCUAGAGGAUAGACUGUUUCAUUGAUAAAAAAAUAAAGUAGAGUAAUUUUUCGAAUUUUAAGCGAAAAAAAUGCGUUCAUAAUAUUUGAAAGUUUUUUUCAAGAGAUGGUCUUUGGUUUUCUUCAAUAUAUUCCGUUAUUUUACCUUCAUUGAGCCUUUAUCGACAUUUCUUUUUUUCAUUUCAAAUCAUGUAAAAAAAUAUCCCAAUCAGAAAUAAAAUACACAGUGAAUGAUUUUUUUAAAAAAAUUGAAUGUUUCUACAUUGACGAAUUUUUUUAUUUAAAAAACAGAUACAUAAGUUCAAAGGAAAAAUUAUUAGUUUUCUGGACAUUUCGUUCAGCACAUCGUUUCCACUAUUCCAUGUGCCCACUGUUCACGCCCCAUUCCUGACGCAUAGUUCAGCAAUACGAUUUAUCUAAAGCUCCAUUUAAAAAAAAGGAACGAAAACCUUUCUUCAAAUUAUGGUGCAUGUGCUCAUGGAAGUACACAUCUUCAUUUUAUAAGGCGCUCACUUUCUGAAAAAAACAAUUAACGACUGCAAACAGAAAAAAAAACGAUGAAAACAUUAAAACAUGGCUUUAAAAAAACACAGAAACUAUUGUAGAAUAUUGUGGCGUUUACGGCCUAUUUCACCCGCAAAUCCUUUUGGUAAGUCUUUGAAAACUUUUUUUGAGAAACGAGAAAAACAAUAUCAAAGCGAUUGAAGAAUACAUGAAGUUUUUCAAACUUUUUUUUAAUCGCUUUUUUCGAGAAACAUCAUGAAAUUUACUGUGUUCUUUCUUUUACAUUUGCACAACGCAAUCCUUUUCAACGAUAAUAUUACAUUUUAAAGAAAUAAAACAAUAAAAAAACGAUCGAAAUUAGAAUGAAAACCAAAAAAAAAAUUAGCGUGGCCGAAGUUGGCAAUUUCGCCAGAUGCGCGCUACCGCACAAAAUCGAAACAGCGGAGUGUCGUUCCAUGAAAUUUCAACUUGUGGCACAUCGACUAUAGUGUCUAGGUGUUUGUAUUCUCAAACAAAUUUUUUUGGCAGAAUUCAAUUUAAGAAGUCAAAAAUGUAGUUAAUUUCAUUGAGGGAUUUUCGUUGUUUUUUUUCAGACAUAUAUCUUGUAAAAUUACGCCUAAAAAGCAGUUGUUGCUAUUUCACUAACACGGGAAGUCAUUUUACUUUGCGGUGUGGAUUUUUCUACAAAUUUGCUAGAACACUCUGAAUGUCCAGAUGAAGAUCCCUCAUAGUCGCUACCUGCACAAACUUCUUGUUUCUGAGAUAUUAAUUUUUAAAGUUUGCGUUCAACACAACACAUAAUUAGACCCCACAAGGAGGUCAUUUCAACUGGGACUUGGAAUUACCAAAAAAUUUGCUCAAACAAUCUCUGAAGGUUUAUAUGAAGAUCCAUCAAAGUUGCAACCCGCGCCAGAGUCUAUUUUUUGAGAUAAUUGAUUUUGAAGGUCGAAAAUUUAGGCCUAAAACCCAUUUUUCGCAACUUUGAAAAAUCAUUUCUCAAGAACUAGAAAUUUACGCAGGUAGCGAUAAUGAGGGUUUUUAUCUGGACCUUCAGAGGGUGUUUAAGCAAAUUUGUAGAAAAUUCCAAACCGCAAAGUAAAAUGACUUCCCUUGUAGGUUCAUUAUAUGACAGAAGGACAACUUGCAGCUGAUGCGGAUGACUGGGCGGCGGAUUUCGUGUCAGCCUCGACGCCGCCAGAAGACGACGAUUCGCACGUCGUCGACCUCGACGAGUCCUUCGACGACGAUGGAUUCUGGGACGGCGGCUUCGGCGACGUCGUCGACCUCGGCGAGAUCUCUUCUUCAUCUGACGUCUCUUUUUAAUAUCAAAAAACUUGACUUCUCUAUCUUUCAGGCUUUGAACAUCGUAGAUUUCUUGAACAGCGGAAAACUGAGCGAAGAGCUUGAUGGAGAAUUUCGAAGGUUUCUUUUUAAAAUAUAAUUCUUCUUUCCGAGUUGAUUUAUUCGCUUUUAUUAUGCCCGUCCAGUCAUUCUCCAAGUUUAUCGCUUUCAUCUCCUUUUUUUUCCCAUUUUGUUCGUUACAUACGUCGGAUGAUGUUAGAAAAAAAAACAUACGACUUUAAAAUGGGAAGCAAAAAAACAGUUUUUAGACGUUGAAAAAAAGAUCGAAAAAUCAAAUCCUUUUUUUUAUUUUUAAAUUUUAUCAAAUCUCCUCGUUCCUGCGCAAAUUUUGGUCGAUCCUCACUCAUCACUCAUCUCAGGCGAUAAAUAAUAAAAUUAUUAUUCAUCAAAUGUUCUAAAUAACUCUCGGACGGUAUCAGCAAAAUAUAAUGUUAGCAUCUUCGAGAUGUUCCUUUUUUAUUCGAGUGAAUAAAAUUCAUCAAAAUUUAAUAGGUUCGCCAGACUUUGGCUUUCUCUUCGAAUCGUGGAAGAAGCUUGCGCUCUCAAACACGACUGGAAACACUCGCAGCUUUCUCACCGGGUCUUGGGGCACCUCAGAAUCGAUCCGGUCAGUUUUUUUCAAAUCUAUUUACUAUUUUAAAAAAAAACUUUUUUUGAAGGAGGUUCAUACUUCAACACUAAAUUCCGUUUUACCUACAACUUCUCUUAUCCCAACGUUCUUUGCUGCCCCUUCUGGGUAUUUCUGUUGUUUUUGGCUUCGAUCAAAAAGAAACAAAUUGAAGCUCGAAGAGCCCGCAAUCGGAUGAAAGUUUUGCGAAGAGUUCAUCUCAAAACGGAACCGAAACCUAUGAAUCGUCGGUCCCUGUCGUAGAUUUCGACUGGGACACUUCGGGUCUGACCAAUCCUCUCAAAGGCGCAGGUUCGAGGAGAAAGAAGGACUUUCAUAGAAAUCUUGCAGGGAAAUCUUCGGCGAUCAUGGACAUCGACUUCCUUUCGGCCAAUUCGACUGGAGGUCUUGAAAGUUCGAGUACCUUGCAGAAAGAUCUCGACGACUUCGGCUUGGGCUCUUCUUCUACCACUGCCCAACUUACUCCAGAGAGCAACAGGUUUUUUACAACUGAAUCGAGAAGGGAAAUCGAAUGUUUAUUCUUUUAAAAUUUUAUCGGAGAAACCCAUAGUUUAAAAAAAGUAGUUACGAGCAAGUCUUUAUUCUCAAGCUUAAAAGAGAUGUAACGGACCAGGUGGUGAACUAAAUUUGAUAUCGAACAACCGCCUUUAAAGAACUAAAACUUGUAGUCGGCAGAAAUGAAAGAAUGAUCUUAAGGUCCUUUGCCUCGCUUUUCUGCGCCUAGUCCAUCUAAAACAAAAGGACGUGCAUAUCAUGAGGGUUCUUGAUCUUGUCUUUCACAAGAAGUUUUUUCAGUAAAUGAAUUUUUUGAACCGGUUUCUAGACGUUGAAACUCUGUUUAGAUUUUUAAAAGUAGUUUGGGCGGUUUUUUUUUUUUUCAAAAUACAUGAAGUUGCAGAUCUGUGUUGGAAACGAUCCUCUCGACGAGUGGCGGAGCGAAGAAGCCACACCGAGGGACGGCGGAGCUGUCUCUGGACGCGCGCGCUCUCCACGACCAGCUGCCUGACAUCAGCUACCUCCGAGCCUCCAUCAUCAUGUUCCCCAUGGGCGGCGGACCUUGGCACAACUCCAAAUGA